GCUUGAAGGCCAGGAAUGGGAAACGCCCUUGGAUUCCUAUACGGCCAUUGUUGUAAGCCGUCCGCCACCGGAGAGUCCGACUCUCUUGCCCCUCACGGGGUCACCGCCGCGACCGCCGGCGUCUCGGCUCCUGCCCAAGGAGUAACGUUUGAGUUCCACACACUUCCAGUGGAUGCAAGAUGUGUGACAGAUGGGGAUGGCAUCACCGUGUACGUUAGCACUUCCGAUCCGAGAGAAUCAUGCUUGGUCCCACAAGAAGUCCAGAUCGCAGCCGUCGAAAGAUCAGAAGCUCGUGCUCAGAGGGACUACACUCGUGCAGAUGCACUGCACAAAAGUAUUGUGAACGCAGGAUAUCGGGUAAUAGCUAUUCAGAAUGACGAAGUCCUUGCUCGGAAGUACCGAAUUCGGCUUAGGGGUAUAGAUGCUCCAGAGGGUCAGAUGCCAUAUGGCAAUGAGGCUAAGGAGGAGCUCGCAAAGAUUGUUCAAGGAAAGUGUUUGAGAGUUAUUGUGUAUGAAGAAGAUCAAUAUGGCCGGUUGGUAGGAGAUAUACACUGCAACGGCAUCUUUGUACAGGAGUUGAUGCUCAAGAGAGGGAUGGCAUGGCAUUACACAGCCUACGACCAACGGGCAGAGUUUGCUGAGUGGGAGAGGAAUGCACGGGCAGAGCGCGUAGGCUUGUGGGCUUCAUCAAACCCUGAGGAACCAUGGCAAUGGAGGAGGAGGAAUAGACGAGAGGGGAGAUGACGUUUGCCUAAAUCUGAUUAUUCAACCGUUUGCCCUUCCGGGGAAAUGCAGCUGGCCAAGUGUUGAAGUACAGGGUUAUUUUCUAUUCGAAGCUUUCCAAUUCAUAUAGAGAGGGAGUAUGCUUUAUCAUCUGUUGUAUAUAGGCUAAGUUGUAGUGCGAAAGCUAGAACAGCCUAACCAAAUCGAUCGUUUGAGAUCAGUGAAAGAUCUAAUGUAUGAACUUCUGUUUGUUCCAAGA